CAGUGUGUUCACAGGAACAAGAAUUCGAUCCAGAAAUAGUAGUCCCUAACAGCACCCUGUCCCUGGCCCCCUCCCGUUUGAAUCACCCUCCCCUCGGCCGCUUCCCCUUUUCGCUGUCGUCCACUACCAGUGCCAGCCAGGUGAGAAGGCCAUGAGUAGCUCGCGCUCUCGGGCGGCUGUGGUGGACGAGGGUAUUGCCAAGACGGCAGCGAGGGAGUGGGUUGGGUGGGAGGAGGAGGUCGUGCUGGGGCACGACGACGGCGAGGAGCGCAAGGUGUGCUACUACCUCCUCCGCGCGGCACCCCAGGACAGCGGUAAGAGCGAGAGGGAUCUGGCGGUGGUGGGUAAGUACUGGGGGCCUGGGAACAUAGCCUACUCGGCGGACGUGCAGUUUCUACUGUCCCUCGAGACGGCGCUGGAGUCUGGGUCGGCAUCCGCUAGGCUGGUGACGCUGGCGUCGGAGAUCACCGGGCUCAGGUGGAAGUCCAGGAGGGAGAUCAUGGACUGGCUCACCUCGCUCGUCUCAGAUCCUCCAUAUGGAGCCUUUGGAUUGACUUGUCCCGACCACCAUGAUGGUGGUAGCGCUGCAUCUAAGGUUAUCCUCGCUACUGCUGGGGAAAACAAAGAAGGGUUCACAUGGAUAUGCAAACUGCCCAAUCUUGAUCAACGUCGGAAGCAUUACAAAUCCUUUUGGCGAGGGAGACUGAGAAUUUCGGUUCAUGAUUUUGUGUUCAUCAAGGGUAGAGGGAGGGAGAGCCAUGUCGCCUAUGUGGAAGACAUGUACGAGGAUGCCAGCGGGAAGAAGAUGGUGCUGGCACGAUGGUUCGAGGAACAAGACGGUGAGCACGGUGCUGUAUUGUCCCCCGAUCUUUAUCGCAUGGAGAUCUUCUUUGGCUAUGGGCUGCAAGAUCUGAGGGUUGAAUUUGUGGAGGCGGUGGUUCCAGUCCUGAAUCCAGAGCACUUUGAGAUGUUCAAGAAAAUACAUGGAGGGCGCAGUAGCUGGCAGCCCUUUGUAUGUCGUCGGCAGAUCGAGGAUGAGACCGUCGGGCCCUUUGACAUCGCGCAGCAGCUGCAAGGAUAUGCAAACCAGGAGAUUGUAAAGGCAAUUGUUUCCGCAUCCUCGUCGACGAUGGUGCAGGCCAAGCCACCUAAUAACAACAAAGGUAAAGCUGCCAUUACUGGCCUGGUCGCCGAGAACCAUGCUGGUUCUUCCAGUGCUGCCAUUAUCAAUGACAAAACCAUGCAGAAGCAUAUGGCCCCUCCAUCUCCAUGCAGCACAACUCCUUCCAGCUCUGUUGUUGGUGACAAUACCAUGGAGAAGCACAACCAGAAGCCCCCUCCAUGCAGUGCAGCUGCUUCCAACUCUAUUAUCGUUGACAAAACCAUGGAGAAGCAGAAGGAGAUGUCCCCUCCAUGCAGCGUAACUCCUUCCAGCUCUGUUAUUGGUGACAAAAUCAUGAAGCAGAAGCAGAAGCCACCUCCAUGCAGUGCAACUCCUUCAAGCACUGUUAUCAGUGAUAAAACCAUGGAGAAGCAGAAGCCCCCCGCAUGCAGCGCAACUCCUUCCAGUUCCAGCUCUGUUAUGGGUGACAAAGCCAUGGAGAAGCAGAAGGAGAAGGAGAUGCCCCCUCCAUGCAGCGCAGCUCCACACAGUGUCACCAUUGGCCAGACCGUCGGAAGCAGUGCCGUUCCCCGCAGCGUGGUGAACUGUCAGGCCACCGCGCAGAAUCGGCCGCCCCUGAGUGGUACUAGUAAUGCAGCAGCCAGUGAUGCGUCAACCAUGGUGAACCCUGCUGAGAAGAUGUUCCAGCCCGGCGUCCGUCUUGAAGCCCUAAGCCAAGACAGCAGCGUGAGGGGCUGUUGGUUCAAAUGUGUGGUACUCAAGAGGAACGAGAAAAAUGACAAGAUCUGGGUGCGGUACCAAGACCUUCGAAAACCCGAGGGCAAAGGACAGCUCAAGGAAUGGCUCAAAGUUGCAAGAACUGCGGAGCCUGACCGCCUGGGCAUUCGCCUUGCCAAAAGGCCCAUGCUCCGCCCACAGCUCCCAUCAUGCUACAGGAAGAUCGAGUCUCCGAUGGAUAUCGGGGUCAUCGUCGACGCGUGGCUGAAUGGCGGAUGGUGGGAGGGGAUCGUGCUGCAGCAGGAGACUGCUGGCCACGUCAAAGUUUAUCUCCAAGGGGAGGGGAGACUCGUGGAGUUCAAAGUGGACGCUCUGCGCAAGUCGUUUGAGUGGCGUGAGGAGCAGUGGAUGCCUCUGGAUGCAAGGCAAGAUGUUGCAGCCAAGAUAACCCUUGACCUGAAGAAGCAGAAGGCGGCGGCCGCGGCAAGCCCAGCAGGACUGCUGCUGCAACCUCGGGAGGAUCCUGGAACUGCAAACUCUGUUCCUCCACGGAAGAGGAUCCUGGAACUGGGUCACCCUUCCAAGGAAGAAAGGCUGCAGGAUGGAAAGAGCAAGGGUCCUGCUGAUGAACCUGCCAAGACAGUUCCAGACAAGGCAAGCCCGCAGCAGCGCCGUGAGGAGGGUGAUGGAGAUGGCCUGUCCUGUGGCGGCGGCUCAGCUGAUGCCAAGCGGUGCCGGGUUGAUCCUGCAAACUCUGACAGCCUCAACUACGCUGAACGCAAGGGCAAGGCUGCGAAAUCUUCUGGCGUCAAGAAAAUGGGGUCUUCGGAGGGCAGCGGCAGCCAGGGAGGCACCAGUGGCUCCGGCUCCAGUGGAGGCGCUGCGCCGGUGAAGCCAGCAGUGCCUAUUAAGGAGAUAUGUGUCACCAAUGGAGAGGCUCCUCUCAUCGCCAUGGACGAAUCGGAGGUGAUCGAUCUGACCAUGUAUGACUGAAGCUGGUAGCAGGAUAUGAUGAAGUCUCUCUGGCCUCAACUUUCCAUUCAUGAACUGUUAUUUCUCAAACAUUUCGUUCAUUCGCCUAUCGCAUGUGUGCGUGAUUUUUAUUACCAUUCUAGGCACAUAGUUGUUUGUGCUUUCUGAACUUCAAAUAAAAGGAGACAUUCGUCGUAUGUUUUGCUCCUCAUCUUUGGUGUCUGUCAACUACUUGUCAGGAAUUCUUUUUUU